AGGUGAAGUUGCAAGUCAAUGACGAAAGAGAUUUCGUGGAAUAAAUCGGUAUCGUCUCCAUCCUUCCACUCUCGCGGCUUUGCAACGUAUAUAAGUCGAGUGACGGGAAUAUAUCCGUACACAAUUACAUCCGAUUGCGAAUAAUACGUCUCAGAUUAAAUUUGUUUGCAGCCAUGAAGUUUAUACUGGUAUGUCUGUUCGCUAUUGGCACUGUCGUCUAUGUAUACGGACGGCCGGAAGAUCGUUAUACCGACAGAUUUGACAAUAUAGAUGUAGACCAGAUUUUACAUAAUGAUCGAUUAUUGAAACGAUAUGCAGAUUGUUUGCUGGAGAAAUCCGAUGUUCGAUGCCCUCCUGAAGCUAAUGAAUUAAAAAACGUCUUAAGUGAAGCACUAGAAACUGAAUGCGCAAAAUGCUCAGAUCACCAGAAGGAAGUUGCGAAAAAGGCAAUAAAAUUUUUAGUAAAUAACAAAAGAGAUAUGUGGAACGAAUUGAAAGCUAAAUACGAUCCAGAAGGAAAAUUCACGAAGAAGUAUGAAGAUUUAGCCGCAAAGGAAGGUGUUACACUCUAAACAAGUCAACAAAAAGAGGAAUAAAGAAACGUAUAAACAAUAUAUGUAACGCUUCUAUAAUAUAAUGUUAAUUGCCUUAUCGUCCUUCUAGCCGCAAUUUGACUCAAUUAAUAUGUAAUACGCCGCAAAUAAAUUAUCAUUCGUAAUGUA